AAGGAAGCGGCAGCAGCAGUGACCUAAGAGCCACCUGUGUGCUGGUUAGACUUCACUAAACGCUGCUUUUCGCUCCUACAAUGCUGUUGUAGCAGGAAGGAAAAUGCUGGUUUGACCUCAGAGAGAGACGCCAUGCUCCACGCCAAGCUGACUGGCCAGUUAGCUGUGACGGCCCUGAGGAGGAUCCACCAUGGAGGCUGCUAUCCCUGCCUCUCCAGACCGGCAAACUGCUUCCUCCAAAGGGAAGAAACGAGGACACAGGAUGGUCUCUUGCUUUACAGCCAGAGUGCAAUCCGGCCGUCAGCCAGGCGGCGUGAACCACGACACAGUGGAAGAAGACCGUUCAGUUUAUCAGCUGCUGCUAUCGUGAAUUCAGCACCAGCUCGUGUGCAGCCGUACCUCAGACUGAUGAGGCUGGACAAACCCAUCGGAACGUGGCUGUUGUACCUCCCGUGCACAUGGAGCAUCGCUCUGGCUGCUGAACCGGGGAACCUGCCAGAUCUGGGCAUGCUCACUCUGUUUGGUGUCGGCAGUCUGGUGAUGAGAGGAGCCGGCUGCACCAUCAACGACAUGUGGGAUAAAGACUUCGACAGAAAGGUGUCCAGGACAGCCACUCGACCGAUCGCAUCAGGGGAGAUUUCUCAGUUCCAGGCGCUGGUCUUCCUGGGAGGGCAGCUCUCUCUCGGACUCGGGGUUCUUUUGUGUCUGAACUACUACAGCAUCGCUCUGGGCGCUGCCUCGUUAUCUCUCGUCAUCACCUACCCGCUGAUGAAGAGGAUCACCUACUGGCCACAGCUUGUGUUGGGGCUCGUCUUCAACUGGGGCGCUCUGCUGGGCUGGUCGGCUGUCAAAGGCUCCUGUGAUUGGUCCGUGUGUCUCCCGCUGUACCUCUCAGGAGUGAUGUGGACGCUGAUGUACGACACGAUAUACGCACAUCAGGAUAAGGAGGAUGACGUCAAGGUAGGAGUCAAAUCCACUGCACUGAUGUUCCAGGAGCAAACCAAGCCGUGGCUGAGCGGCUUCGCAGUGGCCAUGAUGUCAGGACUGGUUGUAGCAGGAGUCAGUGCUGAGCAGACUCUCCCCUACUACGCUACGCUGAGCGCUGUGGGCGUUCACCUCGCCCACCAGAUUUACACGUUGGACAUCAACAAACCAGAAGACUGCUGGAAGAAGUUUGUCUCCAACAGAAACCUCGGACUGUUGUUGGGUUUAGGCAUCGUGACCGGCAAUUUGUGGAAAUAAUGAAGAGAGACUUUGCUGAAGUGAAGAAGCUGAUCAGUGCACGGCGUGUUUUCUUACGCUGUGUGUGGUUUUUAACAGUGAUCUCACACCUGACUUUGCUCAUGAAGCAGCUCUGAUUGACUUUAAAUCACAUAAAACUGCAUUUUCAGAUUUAAUUAUAAACUCUUGUAACAUUAGUUUAUAAUUAAGGUUUGCACUUAAAGAGGAACUCAACUUGAAUCAGAGCAUCAUGUGCUGUUGUUGGUAAACACACUCCAAACCUGCAGUGUGUCAUUCCUGACCACCAGGGGGCGGUGUGAGCGUAUUGCACACCUCUGGCUUUACUGCUCAUCCUGCUCCUACUUUGAUCAUUAAAACAUCUGGGUUUGCAGCUCAGCUGUCUUCACCAGU